UCUCUCUCUCUCUCUCUCUCCAUCCGUGUCUGCUAUAACCACAAUGUUUAGCAAUUUGCAACAUAUAAUAAACUCACCCAUUUACUCUCUCAACCCAAUUUCCUUUCUUUCACCAUCCAUUGCUUUUCCUUCACCCAAACUCAAUGGGUGCCGACGAAGACUAUGACUACUUGUUCAAGCUCGUCCUCAUCGGUGAUUCUGCCGUUGGAAAGUCCAACCUCUUGUCCCGAUUCACGCGAAACGAGUUCAGCUUGGAGACCAAAUCCACAAUCGGCGUCGAAUUCGCCACCCGCAGCGUCCCCGUCGAUAGCAAACUCGUCAAGGCACAAAUCUGGGACACCGCCGGUCAAGAAAGAUAUCGUGCUAUUACAAGUGCAUAUUACCGAGGAGCAGUUGGUGCUUUGGUUGUGUACGAUGUAACUCGACACGUGACGUUUGAGAACGUGGAGAGAUGGUUGAAGGAGCUUCGGGAUCACACAGAAGCCUAUGUUGUGGUGAUGUUGGUGGGAAACAAAGCAGAUCUUCGACAUUUGCGUGCAGUGUCUACUGAAGAAGCCAAAGAAUUUGCAGAAAAAGAGAAGAUAUUCUUCAUGGAAACCUCUGCGCUUGAGUCCUUGAAUGUGGACAGUGCUUUCGUAGAAGUGCUGACUCAGAUAUACAAUGUUGUGAGUAGGAAAACCCUUGACACAGUGGAUGGCUCUCAUUCAACAUCCUUGCCCAAAGGGGAAACCAUUGUUGUUGGAAUCAAAGAUGAUGUCUCAGCUGUUAAAAAAAGUGGAUGCUGUUCCACAUAGUUUGUUUGAGAUACAAAAGGUGUUGAUUAUGCAGUAUAACAUGAUGUUGUGUCCAUCCAUUGUUUUAUUUUGUUCAAUUUUUGGUUGCUCAUAUAUACUAUUCACCUCAACAGCCCUUCAUUUUGGUCAUAAUACAGGUUUUCUAUAUUCAAA